AUGGCAGACCACGAAUAUUCAAUAAUCAAACACCAAGACCACCUCCUCCUCGACCAACCCCUCCUCCGCCUCCCCUACGAACUCCUCCGCAAAAACUUCCGUCAAGCCCACUUCACAGUCGAGAAGGACUCGGCAGCAAUCAAGUUCCUACUCAAAGAGACAGCCACCGCCUCUGUCAACGGCCGCGCCUCCCCCGACGAUGUCCUCAAGAACCUCGACACAAUGAUCGCCCGCAUGCGCGGCGUAAAACGGAAACUCACCGCCCAUGCCGACGAGGAGGCCCGUCUGACCCGCCAGGCCGGCGCCAGGAUCUCACAUCUCGGCGACCUGUAUGGCAUGCACUCCGUCGACGACGUCAAGUAUGAAGCGUGGAGCCGCGCGCGGCUGGAUCGUCUGCUGGUCGACUACCUCUUGCGGCACGGCUACAACGAGUCCGCCAAAGCCCUGACAGCGGAGCGCGGCAUGGAUGACCUCGUGGACGUGGAGACGUUUGUGCAAAUGAGUCGAAUCCAGGAGGCGUUGCGGAACGGAAGCGUCGUAGAAGCUCUUGCGUGGUGCCAGGAUAACAAAAAGGAACUGAGAAAGAUGGAUAGCAACCUCGAAUUCAUGCUCCGGUUCCAACAAUACAUCGAACUAGUCCGCACCCAGUCCCAACCAAAACUGCUGGAGGCAAUCGCCCACGCGAAGAGAUACUUGGUCCCGUUCAAGGCGACCUACCCGGAAGAGCUCCGCAAAGCCUUCGGCCUCCUCGCGUACCCCCCGAACGCCGCCAACGCAGUCUACUCCGACCUCUACAGCCCAGACCGCUGGAACACCCUCGCGGACCUCUUCACCCGCACCCACAACUCCCUCCUCGCCCUCCCCUCCUUCCCGCUCCUCCACAUCGCCCUCUCCUCCGGCCUGUCCGCCCUCAAGACGCCGGCCUGCCACUCGGCAAACUCGUCCCACGUCGCCCCCUCAGACGCAAACACCGCCACCAACGCCUCCGCGACGGCAGGCACCCAGUCCGUGUGCCCCAUCUGCUCCACCGAGCUCAACGACCUCGCGCGCAACGUCCCGUACGCGCACCACACCAAGAGCUACGUUGAGCACGACCUGUUGCUCCUCCCAAACAGCCGCGCCUACGGCAAGGAGCGUCUGGAAGACUACGCCAAAAAAUCGGGCCUCCCGCCGGACCAGGUCAAGGAUCUGAGGACCGGCGAUAUCUACUCGGUAGACAAGCUUAAGAAGGUCUUCAUUACAUGA